CUUCCUAACCCUACUAAAUUUGUGUAUUUGCUUGUAUUGCCUUUACCUACCGGUGCUGUGCACAUUCGUGAUCUGCUCCCCUCCGCGAAUAUUGUUCUGAUGGAUCACAAAGAGAAUCUGAACAACUACCUGAGACAGCUGAAGGCAAGAGCCCAAAAUACCAUCCAGCCUCAGGCCACAGUCCCUAGAACAGCAGAGGGAAUAGAUCCGUCAAUUAUGAUGCAACUGGACUUGACAGACCCACAUGCUAUAUUAAGAGCGAAGUUGGCAUUGUUGUCGCUUAAGAAGCCGAUGGCCCCGGCUGCAAAUAAGUUGAGAUAUGUAGAUGUUCCAAACCUAACGGCAACUUUGCAAAUUGUUGAGAAGGAUUUUCCUGACAACAAGUACUUGGAUGAAGAAGGAGUAUUUGUUCAGAGGAAAGAUCUCGCAGAACUAUGUGAGAUUGGGAGACAGACGAUACCAAUGUUUUCAACGGGAUUCAAUACGGAAGGAGUAGUUGCUUUAUUCACCCUUGCUUAUAACCUGCGAAUACCGCACACUGAAGGAGAGGGAUACAUUUUUGAAGAAAUGAGUCCCGAGGUUGCAGCAAUGGAUGCAGAUGGUGCAACUCUUAUAAAUGUUCAGUACUCUGGAGCUCAUACAGAGAUGUGCUGUGGACUCUCCAACAACCCUGAUCGAGAUGCAAUUUUCUAUUGCUACCUAGCUGCGAGUACCUUAAGGCUUUUUACUAAGUCUCCUGAAAAUUACAUCGGUGCAUGGACCAACAUUCUCCAAAGAUUCUGUGGAUUUUACGGAUUUUCUCCUCCGAUCACUCCGAUACCUCCUACCCAGCAAGCUAUGGCAGGGUUACAUUCCGCCUUCUCAUCUGAUUACCGAAUGAAAAUGACACUGUAUAAGUUACUUUACCAUACUCAGAAUGAUAUGAAGCAUGAAGGACUGAGGAGAUUUUUAUAUGAAAUCCAUUUAGCCAACAGUGGACUGCAUGCGGUUGGGAUAUUUGCAAACUUGUGCAUUUCACUAGGGAUGAAUAGCAAACACAUUUUGCAGACGAUGUAUACUCCAGAGUUUGAAAGGCAGAUAGAUGCAUUAUCUGACUUUGUAAGGAUGAUGACCACAAAGGGAGAGGGAUAUGACAAGAGGAUGUGGAGGUUUGGAAGGGUGUUCAAUGAGAAUUUCAUGUCAACAUUACAAACUAAGGCUUGCCCUAAGUUUGUAUAUAUUUUAGCCUGCAUGUUGAAGACUGAAGAUCCUGCAAAAUGUAGGAAUAUCCUAGACAUCGUUCAAAUCAAGGGACUCAGUGAGGCGGUCAAGAUGAAAUGCAGUCUGGUUGCACAAAAUCUAUUGAAUGCGUUCAGGUCUUCUGAAGAUCAAAAUGAGGCCCUUGCCCAGUAAAAUUAUGUUCUAUCUAUUUCAUAUUGCUUUUUGUUCAAUAAUAAGGAAGCUUGAUGCCUAAGUCUGUUGUCUUAUGAUAUUGUAUAUGAAUUACCUGAGUUACUUUGAUGCACUGUAAUGUGUUUGGUGUAAGCUUGAAACCUUAGAUCCGGGAUGUGAAACCCUUUGUAUGAAAUACUUGUUAAUCUGUGAUGCUUUGGUAAUUGGUC